AUGGACAUUUUCUACAAAGAGACACAGGCCAAUCUUCCAGCUGGACUCUGCAGCACAUUACAUCCUCCAGUAGAAAAUAAAGCAGAAGGCACUGGGGUGCAGCUGCUGACUCCAGAUUCUUGGAAUAUAUCGCUAGCAGAUGCUCGGAGAAAGGCCCCAUCCCCAGUGUCUGCAGCUGGCCAAAUUCAAGGUCCUGGACCAUCCACGUCUACCACUGCCUCUCCGUCUGAUAUUGCCAACUGCUCUGUCACUAAAAUCCCAACACCGGUUCCCAAACCUAUUCCCCUCAAUGAGAAUCCAAAUAUUCCACCAGUUUCUGUUCAGCCACCUGCUGGUAUUGUGCCUCCAAUUGGUGUCCCACCUCGAAGUCCACCCAUGGUGAUGACAAACCGUGGACCAGUUCCCUUGCCCAUAUUCAUGGAACAGCAAAUUCUGCAGCAGAUUCGUCCACCGUUUAUUCGAGGGCCGCCUCAUCAUGCAUCGAAUCCAAAUAGCCCUCUGUCCAAUCCAAUGAUUCCUGGAAUUGGCCCACCACCAGGUGGUCCUAGAAAUAUGGGACCCACUUCCAGCCCAAUGCAUAGGCCAAUGCUGUCCCCUCAUAUCCAUCCUCCAACGACUCCAACCAUGCCUGGAAAUCCUCCAGGCUUACUACCCCCUCCACCUCCAGGAGUUCCUUUGCCCAGCCUGCCUUUCCCUCCUGUAAGCAUGAUGCCAAAUGGUCCUAUGCCCAUGCCACAGAUGAUGAACUUUGGUUUGCCAUCUCUUGCCCCAUUAGUGCCACCACCAACCCUUUUAGUGCCAUAUCCUGUUAUCGUUCCACUUCCUGUCCCAAUUCCAAUCCCAAUCCCCAUUCCUCACAUCAAUGAUUCCAAGCCCCCAAAUGGCUUCUCGAGCAAUGGGGAAAGCUUCAUUCCAAAUACUCCCAGUGACACAACAGGGGCUAAGCCAACAAGUAACUCUGUGUCCCCCAGGAAUUCUAAACAAGGCUCUUCUAAGCCUUCUGAUUCCUCACCAAGCUGCUCAGGCCAGUCCUUAAAUCAAACGCAAGUGCAUCAGCAGCACAGUAAAAGUGACGUUGUUGAUUUGACUGUGAGACCAAGUAGUCCUGUGAACAACAAGUUUGGUUUUCCUACAGUACUACAGGGACCACAGGAUGGUGUGAUAGACUUAACUGUAGGUCACAGGUCUAGACUACACAAUGUUAUCCACAGGGCUUUGCACGCUGAAGUCAAAGUUGAACACGAAGCUAGCAGUGUUGUAAAUCUGGCUUUGGGUAGCUCAGAUAAAAGGAACUGCAGUGACUGCAGAAAAAAUUGCAGCCCCACUGAAACAAAGACAUUACCUGGUGGUGAUCCACCUCGCUGCGGCUCCCUCCCAGCUGCCUCUGGCACUCCAGAAAACGCUGCAGCUGCAGCCUGCAAUGUCAUUGUGAAUGGCACAAAAGGCCCCGAGAUUUCUAAGAACUCCGAAACACCCCAAGAGCAAAAAAAGACUCAGCUUCAAUCUUGUUUGCUGGAGGAACUGCCAGUGAGUGAGCUGGAAUCCGUUAAGGAGAAUAACUGUACGUCAAACUGUCGCCGGGAAGGAGAGUCUGGUAAGAAGACAGGGGAAGAAUCUCUGUUUGGGGGAGACAAACAAGACCCCAACCUUAACAAUCCGGCUGAUGAGGAUCAUGCAUAUGCUUUGCGGAUGCUACCCAAAGCAGGCUGCGUCAUCCAGCCUGUACCCAGACCAGCGGAAAAGACUGCAAUUGGACCCUGCAUUAUUUCAACGCCAAUUCUCAGCACAGGGCCAGAGGAUCUAGAGCCACCACUGAAAAGGAGGUGUCUCCGAAUUCGAAAUCAGAAUAAGUAAAGGAAUGCUGAUAUUGACAGGGUACCUUGCAUGGAGAAAGGGAGCAGAGCUACUUCACCAGACAACACCAGCUGGUCCACUCGCCACCAUAUCUGGUCAGAAAUCAAGAAAACAAAGCCAUUUCCCCUCAUUAUUUCUCUCAGAGGGAAGGCUAAAACCCUAGGGUGCCUUUGGGUCAGAAGACUGUAAGCACAUCAUGGACCCCUCAAAGUACUCCCAGCAUUCCGAUGACCCUGCCCCCUUCUCCCUAAACCUUUGGUUUCUUGCCGAUGGAGGAUUUUCCUCUGAUUCUAAAGCCACAUGGACCAAUGUAUGUACUU